ACGUUUUGUCUAUUUGUAAAAUGGCUGCCAUUGGGAAAAAAUGUGUUGAAUAAUUUCUAUACAAAUCUUGCAAGAAUGUCACAGCAACAAGCUCCCGGCAGUUAUGACUACAGCCAAGCUUACCCAUACACACAAGCAGCGACAGGCAGUACAGGAUAUGAUUACUCCAGCUACAACUACGCACAGGCAGGCUACAGCACCUAUGAUGGUUAUUCCAAUUACAGUGGGUACAGUCAGACACCAGGAAGUUACGACAGUUACUACAACUACUACACUCAGCCAGGAACAACGACAGCAACAGCAGCAGCAGGAAGUUCAGCAGCUACAUCACAGAGUACUGUAAGUGGCCAGUCACCGGCAGCACCAGUAACAGGUUUGACCGUAGCUCCUCCCCCACCUCCACCCUCUGACCCCAGCCAGAUUCCUACAAGCCCUCCCAGUACUCCUGGGUCCAGCUCCUGGGGUGCUGGAUAUUCCGGAGGUAGUCAAGGAUACGGCACCCCCACACCUGCCCCACCCGCAUCUGGUCAACCCAUCCAGACAACAUCAGGUUACGGACAGUACGGCACGACCAACCAAUCGCAAUCAGGUACGGAUCCAGCUUCACAGCCUUCAAGUGGCUAUAGCCAUCCGUCAGCAGGUUCUUACAGUGGCUAUAGCCAGUCCCAGGAUCAGUCUAGCAGCAGUGGCUAUAGUCAGCCUUCCAGUGGAUAUAGCCAGCCAUCCAGUGGAUAUAACCAGCCAUCCAGUGGAUAUAGCCAGCCUUCCAGUGGAUAUACACAGUCCCAGGGACAGUCUAGGGGCAGUGGUUAUAGCCAACCAUCCAGUGGAUAUAGCCAGUCCCAGGGGCAGGCUAGCAGCAGUGGUUAUAGCCAGCCAUCCAGUGGAUAUAGCCAGUCCCAGGGACAGAAUAGUAGUAGUGGUUAUAGCCAGCCAUCCAGUGGAUAUAGCCAGUCCCAGGGGCCGAACAGUAACAGUGGUUAUAGCCAGGGUCCGGGCAGCAGCAGUGGGUACAGUCAGCCAUCUAGUGGAUAUAGUCAACCAGCAGAUCAGGCCGCUAGCAGCUCAUAUCAACAGCAAUCCAGCGGGUAUGACAACCAGGGAAAGUCCAGCUAUGGGGGAAGUGGGUCAGGCUAUUACAAUCCAGAUCAAAACAAGUUUAAAUCAAGUGGCUCAUAUGAACAGGGAAAUAAUCAGCCUAAGAGCUAUAACAGCAGCUAUAGUCAGCAGUCGUCUCAGAAAACUGAAUAUGGGAAGACAUAUGAACAGAAUGAAUAUGGGGGGAGUGGUAGUGGAAGUAACAAGGGUGGAAAUUACACAGGUUUGAACACUGGCGUUCCAGGAAAAGGAUUUAAUCCACAGGAUGGUGGAAGUAGGGGAUUUUCUGGCUCGGACAGGGGGAGGGGAGGGUUCGGGCGAGGGGGAUCUGGGGGGAAUAAUUACCAAGAUAGGGGAGGGCGAGGGGGAUUUAGGGGGAAUAUGAGAGGGGGAGGCGGUGGUAGAGGGGGAUGGGAUAAUAAUGAUUCAGGGGGAUUUGAAAGAGGAUCUAGGGGUAGAGGAUUUGAUGAUGCCGGAGGGAGAGGCAGGGGUGGGUUUGAUAGGGGAAGGGGGAGAGGCGGAUUUGGUGGAAGAGGGAGGGGAGGAGAUUUUAGUGGAGGGGGAGGAAAGGGUGAUUGGGGAGAGUCAGGGGGAGAUGGGGGUGGGUUCGGAAAUAGGGGUGGAAGAGGGGGAUUUGAGAGGGGCAGAGGUGGUGACAGGGGAGGUUCCUUCAGGGGAAAUAGGGGCAGGGGAGGAUUGGGCUUUCAGAAGGAUGGUAAAACAGACAAUGGUAAAGAGGUUGAUAGUCAGCAGAGUAAACCUUGGGUAAAUAUUGGAGAAAACAAUGAACUGAAGAGAAAAAUGGAGCCAUCCGAAAUUAGUCCUCCUAAGAAGAAAAAGGAGGAAGAAACAGUUGAUGUUCAGCCCUUCAUUCAAGCUCACAUUGAAGAAAACUGUGGUGCCAAUCUUGAGCAUAGAAAACUGGCCGAGGAGUCACUGAAGAAAAUGAUGCAGCCCAUGUAUUGUCUGCUCUGCAACGCGAGAAUGAGUGGUCCGCCCCAGGCUCUAAUGCAUUACCAGGGGAAAAAUCAUCAGAAGAAGAUCAAGAACUUCAUAACAACAGGUAUGCAGAAAUACGCAGAAAAGGUGAAAAAUGAAGAAACAAAGUCGGACGAGCAAUUAAAGCGUGAAAAGCUUGAAGAGGAAGAAAGAAACCGACUUCUUGAUGAGAAAGUCGCUCAGGCACGGGUGACCUUGAACUUACAGGACUCUGAUUUCUGCAAGCUUUGUUGUGUGGAGUUCUCAUCACAGCAGCAGGCUGAACAGCACUAUAAGGGCAAAAACCAUCAAAAACGGAUACGAAUGGCCAGCGCUCCCGAGGAGGAACUAGGUGGAUUCUUAUGCGAUGUCUGCAACGUACGAGUGAUGUCACAAGAGAUACUCAAUGUCCAUCUUGCAGGACAGAAACACAAGUCAAAAGCAGCUAGGGACAAACUACUUAGUCAUAAAGGCAGAAAAGACGAAGAUAAAAUCAUUCCUCAGGGUGGAUUGUUGGUCGAGGGCGGGACUCGACUUAGGCCCGGGGGUUGGAACAAGAACCCAGGUGAGAUCUCGUACCAACCACGCACAAGACCCAACAUAGACUACAGCAAUUUUCGUACACCAAGCGGCAAGUUCUACUGCCCCAUGUGUGACGUCACAAUGAACACUGAAAUCCAGUUUGCUCAACAUAGCCAAAGCAAGCCGCAUAGGCAAAAACAGAUGGAGAAAAAGUAUCAAGAACUUAAUAAUAAAACUUGACUUGAUAUUGUUCUUUGUAAAAAUAGGUGAUGUGAUAACUGUUCGUUUUGUUUUGGGUUUUAAACCUUAAUGAUAACAAUUGUGGUGUAAUUGCUGUCUGAGGGUUUUUCUUUAAAGAAAAAUGUUGAAUUACAUGCGAUUGAGAAAAAAUGUUUAAGUUUGAAUGACUAUUGUUUUUGAUAGUGUUUGUUAUUAUGUUGUAAAAUUGUUAAGAAAUAUUUGUAUUACCUUGCCAUUAAGUUUAUUGAGAAGAUAACUUGGGUAAAUGUACUCCGUUAACAACUUCAGUUUCACAAUCAUUGACACUACAUGUAUAUAUAUAUGAUUAGAAAAGUGAAGUCAUUUAUUAGCUCUUCUGGAAAUAAAUCAUCUUCGUCCUAUAAAAACUUGACCCUGGGCCAUUAUUCUAAAAAUGUUCAAGAUGUGCAAAUAAAACGCCGUACAAUCAGAUAUGUAUUGUAAAAAAAAAAAUAUGCACAUGUAUAGCAGGACCGAUGACUCAGGCUUUAAUAAUUGUUUCAUCAUGCCUUCUUUGCAAAAAACAACAGACAAAUAUUUGUUUUCUCUGCAGCACUUUUGUAACGCAAGUUAUGGGCAAUGUUGCAUUACUGGCUCUGUUGCUUUAUGGGCUUAAUGGGCUCUGUUGAAUUAUGGACUUCAUGGGCUCUAAUGCAUGAUGGACUUCAUGGGCUCUGUUGUGUUAUGAGCUAUGUUGCAUCAGGUGCUAUGUUGCAUCAUUGGCUCUGUUGCAUGAGGGUCUCUAUGGCCUCUAUAGCCUUAUGGGCUCUCUGUUGUAUUAUGGGCUUUGUUGCAUAAUGGGCUAUGUUGCAUUAUGGGCUCUGGGCUGUGUUGCAUUAUGGGCUGUUACAUUUUGGGCUCUGUUGCAUUAUAGGCUCAGUUGCAUCAUGGGUUUUGUUGUGUUAUGGGCUCUGGGCUCUGUUGCAUUGUGGGCUAUGUUGCCUCAUGGACACUGUUGCAGAAACUUUGAUACCAAUAUGCUUUUUGUUCAGUCACAAAAUAUGGUAUGUUGUGUUCAUUCCUUUGCAUGUUUUUCUUGUUGUUCAACCAUUGUUUACAAACUAUUCAAUAUAGUUCCAUUAUGGCUUAGCCGCUAUUUGUGCUUGUGUUAGUUGUAUUAGGAAUAUUGCUUUCAAAGAUGAUGAAUUGGAAAUAUUUAUUACAUUCUUAUCAGUAAUGUUUUUGUAUUGAUAGAUAUGGGAUCCUGCUUUCGUAAAGCAAUGUCUUGUCUGACUAACAUUGUUAAAAUAUAAAAAUACAGAAUGUUAUUGUUGUGUAACAUUGAUCAUUCAAAAAAGUCAUUCCUGUUAAAGACUGUAUUGUUGGAUAUCAAGUUCUUUGUAAAAUAUGACCAUGCAAAUAAAAAAUCCAAAAUCA